ACACAGGAUCCAUCUCUGCCAUUCCUGGUGCAGGGAAGUGAAGCAGUGUCAAGGACGGUUGUUAAAGCAGCCUGGACAUGAAGCAGACUGUCAGGCUUCUUACUGGGGUCCCGAUGAGUAAAUAGCCUGAAGAGACCUGCAUUGCUCAGAGAUUUCAGAUUUCAUGGUGUAUGCGGAAGACAGGCUGAUGUGUGAGUUGGCCUCAAACCCAGUCCACCAUCGACAUGGUAGACAUGGAGAGCCCCUACAGUCCUCCUUCUCCUCUGGAGGACUCUGUGCUGAACAGCCCGCUCUACAGGGACUUUGUGGGUGUGGGAAACCUGCAAGACAUCUCAGAGUCCAUCAAUGAAGAGGCACUCAGCAACCUAGAUGUAUCUGAGUACCACUCAUCCGGCCUGUGCUCCAGCUCUGAGAGCUCCACGGUGCCAGAUGCUCUGACCCCAGCCUCAAGUCCAUCUUCAGGUGUGUGUGGGGCCGUAGCAGGACAGGAGGAGUUCAACUCUGCUUCUCUAAACCUGGAGUGUCGUGUGUGUGCAGACCGAGCCUCAGGGUAUCACUAUGGCGUCCAUGCCUGUGAGGGUUGCAAGGGCUUCUUCAGGCGCACAAUCCGCCUCAAGCUAGAAUAUGACAAGUGUGAACGCCACUGCAAAAUCCAAAAGAAGAACCGGAACAAGUGCCAAUACUGCCGCUUUCAAAAGUGCCUAGCUGUGGGCAUGUCCCACAAUGCCAUACGCUUUGGCCGGAUGCCCCAGUCUGAGAAGCUGAAGCUGAAGGCAGAGAUACUAACUGGGGAGAGGGAGGUGGAGAAUCCUCAGCUAGCUGACCAGAAAACCCUGGCCAAACAAAUCUAUGAGGCUUAUCUGAAGAACUUCAGCAUGAACAAAUCUAAAGCCCGGACCAUCCUGACAGGCAAAACAAACACACCACCCUUUGUAAUCCAUGACAUGGAGACUCUGCAUCUGGCUGAGCAGACUCUGGUGGCAAAGAUGGUUGGCACUGCAGGUGGACUGCUUGAUAAGGAUGCAGAAGUGCGGAUCUUCCACUGCUGCCAGUGCACGUCGGUGGAGACAGUCACAGAGCUCACAGAGUUUGCCAAGUCUGUUCCAGGCUUUUGCAACCUUGACCUGAAUGACCAGGUAACACUGUUAAAGUAUGGUGUGCAUGAGGCACUCUUUGCCAUGCUGGCCUCUUGCAUGAAUAAAGAUGGCUUGCUGGUUGCCUAUGGCAGUGGCUUCAUCACGAGAGAGUUCCUCAAGAGCCUGCGACGACCCAUUAGUGACAUGAUGGAGCCCAAGUUCCAGUUUGCUAUGAAGUUCAAUGCACUGGGACUGGAUGACAGUGACCUGGCCCUGUUUGUGGCAGCCAUCAUCUGCUGUGGAGAUCGUCCAGGCCUGAUGAAUGUGCCAUACAUUGAGCGGAUGCAGGAGAGCAUCGUCCAUGUGCUGCAGCUCCACCUGCAGAAUAACCACCCAGACAAUAACUUCCUCUUCCCUAAACUGCUGCAGAAACUAGCUGACCUGCGUCAGCUAGUCACAGAGCAUGCCCAGUUAGUGCAGGAGAUCAAGAAAAUGGAGGACACAUCACUGCAUCCUCUGCUCCAGGAAAUCUACAGAGACAUGUACUAAGGGAGACUCAUGUGCUACUAAAUUGUACGGGGCAUGGUGAAGGCACAAGAGAACAAGGGAGCGGGUUUAGCCCUACACCUUUUCUAAUGAUUGAGGGCGAGGGCUUGUCUGACAACUCAGACUUUCUUUUGUUUCUGGAAAAUGAGGAAAUGCUCUCAGGGGCCUCCGGAAUCUGUCCUUCUUAAAGACACAGUGUAACCCUAUCUGAAGGGCUGCCAAUAAACCUCUAUGCACAGGAGACAGUGUCCAGAAAGUAAAUGCCAGCCAGCUGUACAGAAGGAAUGGAAAUCAGGUAGAGGGGUUUUCUUUAGAAAGAACCAGUGUCAGGACAGUCCUAAUUCACACUGCACUAAAGUUUCAUUGUACUUUUCUGACUUGUGGUUUAUUAUACUUUCUAAAAAUGUAUACUAAUCUUCAUGAACUCCCUCAUGGGCUAGAGACUGUGAAAACAAGCCUAGAAAUCAGACUUGUUGAUACAGCAAUAUGUCCUUUAAACAGAAAUAAGGGUGCAUUUGCGUGACGCAGACUUGUUGAAGCCUUUGUAAAUCCAAAACAUGCAGAAGGAGUGGUAUAAUAAGAGUUGGUUGUUCAGCAAGAAUAGGAAGAUUUACAUGAAAUCUGUAUUACAUAAAUGUGCACAAGAUAGAGAUAUUAAGAGCAAGAAUUUCACCAGUAGCACCCAAGUGGGUUCAGAUCAGGUUAAAAAAAAAAAAAAAAAGACAAGAAACUACAGGGCUUGUAUAUGUGUUUUCUAAAAAAAAGGCGUAACAAGUGCAUCAACUCAUGAUUAUAUACACAACAGUCAAAUGACCCUUCAUAAUCUUGAAAUAUUUGUGUCAUGAAUGGUAGCAUUUGUUCCUGGGGUUGUAUGAAUCAGGCUGCUCAAUAAGAGUAAGGGUCAUGAAUUAGGGUCAGUUUGAUCCUGUGUCAAGUAUUACUAGGAUAUUUUAUUUCCAAGGCAGUUUUUUAACACCUGGUUAGUUCGCUCAGGUCCAAAAUCCUUUGUCUGAUGUCGGCUCAGUGUUUGUCAUUGCAUCAAUGACAGCCAGAUACUGCUUAUCGCAGUGAAGCAAAAAUGUUAUUACACUCCUUUUUGUAAGCUAAACUUGCUAUUUCACAAGUUCCUUCAUUUUGCUAAAAAAGAAAGGAAAUUCAAAAAUCAUGACUUUUCUUCUGGCAGGUCACUUUCUCAUUAAUAGCAAAACCACCUCAGCUCUUAAUAGAUUAUUGAUCACCCUUAGACUCUUCUACCUUUCCCUGGUCUUUCUUUUGCAGGUGCCCAAGCUUUUCACUGUGCUCAUGCGUCUACAUAUCUAUCCAGUUUCCAUGAGAUGCUCUGCAACAAAGAAUUGAAUACAGGCAUAUGUAUACUAAUUUUUUUCAAACAAAAUUCAUUUGCGCCUUUUUUCAGAUUUUAAACAGCUAGCAUUUCUGAUGUAAGUGUAGAACUUGAAGCUUAAUAAAGCAGGUCUUUUGGGGGCAUUGGUUGUUGCAAUUUCUUAUUGCAGGAUCUUGUUUCUUUUUGGUGAGAUCUAGUGUCCUCCCUCGGUUUAGCCGCAGCUCCCCUGUAUUAUUGAAAUGGUUCUUGGGGCAUUGCGAAAUUCUUCCUGAAGGAGGGUUGAGGAUUUGAGUCGCUCCAAUCUUGCCUUCAGAACCCUGCAGCUUCAAGUAGUAAUCAAUGGCUGGGGCAAGUCAUUGUUUUAAAUAAAUGAAAAAUAAAUUACAAAUUAAGACACAAAGCAGUCAAACUACAUUUAGAAUAUGAAACAUGAAUGUUAGAGAAUGCUUAAAUACAUACUAUAGAAACUUAGCAUGUUUAAGGUUUAAUGAUGUUUUGCGUGGUGACAUGGUGCAAAUCAGUUAAAUAAUAAGGAAACUUUUAUGGGCAUAUUUAUUAAGAAGGCUGUUGGCUGAUUAAUCACGACAAAUUUUUAAUAAACAUUUUUGUGGUUGUUUGCUUAAUUUUAUAAAUAGCCCUAUGUGGAGUGAUGAAACACUGUAUGGCCAAAAGUUUGUGGACAUCUGACCAUCACACCCAUAUGUGCUUGUUGAACAUCCCCUUCCAGAUUUAGUCCCCACUUUGCUAUUAUAAUAACCUCCACUCUUCUGGGAAGGCUUUCCUCUAGAUUUUGGAGUGUGGCUGUGGGGAUUUGUGUUCAUUUACCCACAAGAGCAUUAGUGAGAUCAGGCACUGAUGUUGGUGAGGAGGUCUGGGGUGCAGUCGGUGUUCCAGUUCAUCCCAAAGGUGAUCAGUAGGGUUGAGGUCAGGGAUCUGUGCAGAUCACUUGAGUUCUUCCACUCCAGCCUUAGCAAACCAUGUCUUCAUGGAGCUCGCUUUGUGCACAGGGACAUUGUCAUGUUGGAUUAUGUUUUGGGCUUCUUAGUUCCAGUGAAGGGAAGUUGUAAUGCUACAGCAUACAAAGACAUUCUAUACAAUUGUGUGCUUCCAAUUUUGUGGCAACAGUUUGGGGAAGGAACACAUAUGGGUGUGAUGGUCAGGUGUCCACAUACUUUUGGCCAUGUUGUGUAGAUUAAGAGAUGGGUGAGUUUUUAAAGUUUUAUAAACGAAUCUGUCUAUCUAAUCUAUAUUUAAUGCGCAACAUUACAUCUACAUUUGUAUCAGAAUCAGUUUGAGAAUGGGCCAGAGAAAUCAUUAGUAACUGCAUUAGACCAAUAAGUCACAAAUACUUUAGAAAUUGUAAUAUGGCAAGAUAAUUGUUGCACUGUUAACAUUUCCAUGAAAUAUAGGCAGCAAAGUCAAGCCAGUGCGGUUGUGUUAAUUCCUCCUGCCUUUUUUUUUCAAUAUGAAUUUUGCUUUUGGCAUGGAACUUGAUUAUGCAUGUUUAUACUUGGUGCUUUUGAAUGUAUGCCUCCAUAUAUGUGGAAAAAUUUAAUUACCUGAGAGAUUAACUUUCACUUCAGGUGCCCCCCUCUCUCAUGAUACUAAGGUAUCAGGAGUAUAUUCAACUGUACCUGUAUGUUAUGUUUAUAGCAUGAGCAUGUAAACGGUCUUAACAACACAAGGGCCAAAAAAAAAAAAAAAAAAAAAAAACACCAAUCCUUCAAGCUGGAUCUGAAAGCGUUGUCAGAAACCGACAGCUCUGCAUUUGCAUUUCUGUUCACAAAUACAGUCACGGUAGCCAUAUUUCCUUUUAAAUGGACAUAAAUGUACUUUUUACCUGUGUAUCAUAUGAUAAAUAUUUUGAAAUUGCAUUCAUAUCACCAACCUAGGUAAUGUGGGCACCAUAUACAUUUAUAGUUGUUUUUAAUGGUGUAAAUUUUUUAUACUAAAGCAAGACGCUGUUAAUAUACUGUAUAAAAUAUUGUAAAAUAGUUGGGAUUUAUUCAGAGUGCAAUUUAAAAUAGUGGAAUGGUUUGCCAGCUAGCAGAAUGUACUAUUGUAAACAGAAACACCUACAUGAACAUGUUUUGUAUGUCCCAGUCUUCUUUCUGUUUGUGCCACAGGAUUGAGGAGAUUUACCCAUUUACCCAGGGACGGAGUAUUCAGAGACAGAACCCCUUGUUUCGGAGUGUAUGAGUGUAUUCUUAGCCCAUAUGACAGACUUUAAUCUCAGGUAGAACCUCUAUAACGACAUGCAAAUUUGACAGUUAUAAUUUUCAAUAACUGACAUCCUGACAUCCGCCAAAGCCAGAAAAUGUAGUGUCUGUUCAUGGUGCUUCCUGUGGACAGUAUAAUUAUGUUGGCAGGAAGAGUUUAUUCAUUGUAUAACUCUGCAUAACUGUUGUAUGUAUGUAUGUAUGUAUUGAUUUUCAUGAUUUCUGAGUUCUAAUUCGCCAUUUCACUAAAGCUCAUUAAAGCACAUGUAAUUUCUGUAACACUUGUUUAGCAACAUGCUGUAAAAUUACACAAUCCUGCAGUUCCAGCGCUGAAUUGUAAUACUGAAAAGGAUGAAUGAAUUGUGUCUUAUGAUGAAUUGUGAGUUCAAUUCAUAAUCGUUAAGUUCAAAUACACUUACCAUGAUUAGACACUAUCAUCAUGUGUUUAUUAUAAUGGCUGCAUUGGUAUAUGAACAUGUUGUCUUGUCAGUUUGGGUGUGAAUUUAUGCUAUUUAUAUGUCAGACAUUGGGAUGAAAGGAAUCUGAUUUGACUGCCUUUGUUAAACCUAAGCCAAGAGUCAAUACCUGUGCCUUAGCUACAGACUGUUUCUGAACAUGGAUUAUUUAACAGUUUCUUGUCAAGGUUGCAUACACAAUUUAAUAGCCCAUUUUUGUUCAUGCUACCCCCAGUGAAAACAACUGACAGAAUAUUGGCUUUGGUGUGUAAUAGAGUGCUUAGAGAAUAGCAAAUGCUUUGUGGAUUAAAAUAAUAAUUGCACACAUGAAAAUUCCACUGUUUUGGAUUAGAAUUCAUAGUGUUUCAUUGGAAAAGAUUUUAACAAUACCUUAUCAGGAAAAUUGUGUGUUGCAGAAUUUAUGCUAGCACAGGUCAGAACUAGUGAGGCACCAGUUCUUUAGACAGCAUAUAACUUCAUUUAAAAGGCAACACGUAUCUGGAUGCUGAAGUCUUUGUCAUUUUUUUUUUAAUCUUUACAACAAAUUAAUAGUAUGUAGUUAACAAAGCCCACACAAUCUGUAAACAUUAAAAAAUCUAUUUGUGAAAUCAAA